UUUCGGUUCCCGACCCCAACGAACGAUGCAGUUCGAAGGCGCGGGCAUCACGCUGGAGCGCAAUGUGAUCGCGAUGUUGAGUGAAUGCGGAGACAUUCCUCCCAUGUACGAAGACCCGGACUUCGCGGCAAAGCCCAUCUCUCUCUACCUCAACCCUGACAAGGUGCCCGAGUAUGCCGUCUCGUCGAAGCGGACGUCCAACGGCGCUGCCGACGACUCGGCCGUGGCGUGGUACCGACCGGGCCACGUAACUGCCGACCCCGACUACUUCAAGUGCACAGCCGGCUGCGGCGUGCUGCGGGAAGGAACGGGACUCAACGAUUCGUGGCUGGUGGGGGUGUUUGCGGCGCUGGCGCUACACCCCGACAACUUGAUCGAGAACCUCUUCGUGUCGCCCAUGCACGAUUUCAAAACGUACGGCAUCUACACGUGUCAGUUCUACAAGGACUGCCAGUGGCUCGAAGUCGUCACAGACACGCGGCUACCGUAUUCACAGUCCCUUGAUGACGUACCCAAAGCAGCCAACAACAGCGUCAGCCGGCCAGGCCAUUGGCUGUACGGAAGCAGCGUCGACAAAAGCGAAGUGUUUAUACCGUUGUUGAUGAAAGCAUAUGCGAAAUUCCAUGGAAGCUACGAAGUGCUGCAUAACGGGAGUAUCUUGGAAGCAUUCGUCGACUGCACGGGCGGCAGUGUAAAGAAAAUCGAUUUAACCAGCGAUAGCAGUCGCAAAUUGAUUGAAACGGGCGAACUCUGGCCUAAACUGGUGAAUCAUGUGAAUUUUAAAAGCGUCGUGACUGUCCAGCUCAAGAUGGCGGCGAUGCUGUACAACGAAGUGACGGGCUCGGGCAUUUUGAAGAACCACUUGUACGUCGUGCAACACGUGAAAGAGCUCGGGUCGCUCAAGUUUGUCAAGCUCAAAAAUGUAUGGCAAAAAGGACUGUGGAAAGGCGACUGGAGCAACGACGACAGCAAAUGGGAAGACAAUUUGCAAGUCGAAGCAGCGUUGAGGGCCGACCCCGCGUGCGAAUUCAACCGCACCAAAGCCGACGGCACAUUUUGGAUGAUUUGGGAAGACUUUGUCGAAGCGUUCAACGAACUGUACAUCGUGCGCAACUUCCCAUCCACGUUCCAUCAAUACUGCGUCCGUGGGGAAUGGAUUGGGCAGGCCGCGGCGGGUCCUCCCAUGAAGCCGCCGUCCGAGGCUACCAGCUCGUCGGCUCCAGGUCGAAAAUGGCUGAUCGAGCCAGACUCGGAGCCGAGCUGGUUUCUAAAUCCGCAGUACCGCCUUGUGGUAGCCGAGAAGACGUCGGUGGUGGUGUCCCUGCUCCAGCGAGACUUUCGAGUGUUUGGGGGGGAUAACUUUGGCGUGAAUUUUGUGCUUCUGGAGGUGAAAAAGAGACCCGUGGCGGCGUCGAUGGUUUGGGAGUGGGACAAACUGGCGGUGGUCGCGGAGGGACACACGGGGACGGGCGGGGAGAAAUGUCAUCCAGAGCGAGAAAUUUCCAAAGGCAGCGUCGUGUUGGAGCCGGACGUGGCGUAUAUCUUCAUUCCGUACACGGACCAUGGCGGCGUGGAAAUGGAGUUUUUCUUUCGCGUGUUUAGCCCGAAACCGGUUCAAAUCGACUCGCUGAUGCCCCUGAACACGCUCGUGGUCCAAGGCCGGUGGCGCGUGGACGACGACGGGAAUACCAACGCCGGCGGACCGUUGGUGCACCACUUGACCUCAGGCGUGGAGAACUUGAACUGGUGCCAGAACCCGCAGUACCUACUUCGAUGUAUCGGCGCGUCCAAGCCCGUGGACUUGAAGCUCGUGCUAAAGCGAACGGGGCUCAAAAGUACAGCCAAAGGACACCGCCGAGAUCACCAGAAGGACAAGGGGCAGCUCAUUGGGCUGGCUAUCGUCAAGCCCGACGCGGACGAGUCAGCCGCGCAGCAGCAGCUGGGCAAAAAAAAGGAAAAAACAAACUUUUUAGGCGAGCCUGUCAACCCCAAGAAGGCGUCUGUGGAGUACGCUACCGUGAUCGGGGGAUUGCCGAGCCGAAAACUACUCGUUAAAGCGGACGAGUACUGCGUGUUGUCGGACUUUAGUAGUGCGCACGUGGCCAGUGUCUUUCUCCGCAAAGUGCCACCGGAAUGGCUCGCAAAAGGGUUGCUGGUGGUGCCGUCGUUGGGGGAGGCGCGGGGCGAGGGCGGUUAUGACCUCGAAGUCCACAGCGAUGCCUCUGCGAUGACGUUGGACGAAAUUCCCAGCACCCUGUCGCAGACGAUUGCGGGCGAGUGGAGCGACAAGGCGGGCUCGGCCGGUGGCAGCCACUUGAGUGCCGAGUGGAAGAAAAACCCAAAGUUUUACCUCACGUUAAAGUGCGUAAGACCGGCGGCCGUGACCAUCGACUUGUACCGGUCCGAGUUUGAAUGGCGUGCCAAGUGCAAAAAGGAUUCGGUGGGGGCGAUGAUGGGGUUUUACCUGUUUCAAGGGUCCAAGGGCACUCGGGAAUCGUCGACGGUGGUUGUGGAUGGCAAGAGAUGGACCGAGACGGACUUUGUGCCGCUGCACCACGUCAGCAUAUCGGACUUAAGUCUGCCGCCAGUCUUUAAUGAGUCCUAUGUGAUCAUGCCUGCGACGUGGGAGCCAAACAAGUGCGGUCGGUUUCUGCUGUCGGUCUCGGCCGACUGCGAAUUCACCCUCCAAGGCGAACAAGAGUCCUAAAAUACAAUUAAAUGAUCAUAGGUUAUAUAUCGGUAUCACACUACCUAUAAUAGUUUGGAACUACGGGUGUGC